GAAACAAAAGUACCUAGGAACCCAGAUACAUGAUCGUUGUUUCCGCCCGGAUGCGAGACGGAUACUCAUCUAAAGGGCAAAAGCUCUUUGAAAGAACCUGCAUUCUUCUGUAGAAGAUGAAUUAGCUGUAAAAACAGAUCUAGAAUGUGGGUUGCCCGGCGAUUUCUGUCCUUAGUCGCCCGGAGAGGGAAAUAUGGUUUAUUCUGCCGAUCUAAGGGCUUACAGUCCGAGCUUGAAUUUCGAUAUUUGAACUGCACGUGCUGCUGGAGGAGUCGUAUCCCUGUUGCAGGCUUUGAAACACUAAAUGGCACUCUCUCUUCUAUUACUCCAUGCGACGACCACAAGUCGCUAGAUGCCUACUACACUUCAGAGCAGCGAGCUGUCAUUCUGCAAAUCCUCAACAAUGCGACUGAGUCGGAGCUCGCAGCUGUAAAGCUGUUGCGUGGCCGAAAGUCUGUCAACAUUGUGGAUUACAGGACUAGACAUGGGCCAUUUAAAGAUCUGGAAAGCGUAAUUAACGUGCCGCUUCUGAAGCACAAGAGUGCUGUCACUGUUUUCAAUUCGAUUCUCAACCCCUCACAGAAGACGGAGAAAAGAAAACUUAGGGUCCAGCUAGCCAAGUUCAUCAGACCAGAGGUGGAGAGAACUUGGCUAGAGGAAGCCAGUUCCAUAGUAUCCAUUGUGUGUGGAGUGAAUAAAAUAGCCUGGGCACAUGUGGAUCGGGGCAUGAAUGUACUGGAGUGGAAACAUGAGGAUUGCCCAAACUUCCUGAAAGGAACCUAUAUGGCUUCAGCAUACUUGGAUGAUAUUUCUACUGUGGUUUCCCACCUCCCCAAGACUGACUUCUUUGUGGUGGAGAAGCCGUCUAUCUCAUUGCAGAACACCACCCUCUACCCGGUGAUGGCCCACAUGCGGACGGUGGAGGCAAUGCUGUUUGCCCUGCUGGAGCCCCGCCACACCCAUCCUGACGUCACUGCUCCUCCUAAGGUGCUAAACAUGAUACGCACCGCCACUGGCCGCCAUUUUGACCUCAUGGUGGGCGAAUCACGCACUAGCGGAGCCCAGACGGUUCGAAGGAUGAUGACCGAGUCUGUGACCCAGAAGAUUUCAAGAGUGAGGUUCCCACACGACCUGUUGGUGAAAUACCGGAACUCUUUCCAGAUGAGGGGGCGGGACAACGGGGAGGAGCUGUGUGAUGCGCUGUUACAAGCAGUAGCGUUCUACGAGCUGCUCUGUGAUUCCAAGUAGCUUGUUACAAGAACGGACGUCUUUAAUGCUCUUGCUCUCAUCAGAGAUAAAGACUGGUAGGUUAAUGAACAAAUGUAUACGACUGACUUAGUGAUGUGAUCAUAUUGGAGGUCUGAUGAAGACGAGUGUUUGGUGUGUGUAUACUAACUACAGCCCUUCCAACCUGUUCACCCAGACGGUUGCAUUGGAGGUGUAUAUUUGUAAUGGAGGCAGGAGCAUGUGAUAUGACUACAGACAUGUGCUUCUCAUUUUACUGUGAAAAUGAGGCCCCCCAAUUCCUGGCACUACCGAUUUUUUGUGGGUAACAAGGAAGUGGGUGAGGAUGUAGUGCAUGUGAAGGGUACCUUUUCACUUAAAUUUUCAUGUAGUGAAUAAAAACCAAUUUCUACCUA